AUGUGUCGUUUCCUGGUUUACAAAGGUUCGGAUGAGAUCCUCCUCUCCAAGCUUAUCCUGGAUCCCACGCAUUCCAUCCUCACCCAAUCCUUCGAUUCCCGUCUCCGUCUGGACAUGAGAAGACCUCACAAUGGCGAUGGUUUCGGCAUUGGAUACUACACCGACCCCAAGCUGGGCCCAGAGCCUUGCAUAUUCACAUCUACAACUCCUGCAUGGAACUGCAUCAACCUCCAGCGAAUAGCUUCCAAGACUGCCUCUCCUCUGAUCUUCGCUCACGUACGAGCUACCACCGAGGGUUCCCUCAGCGAUGACAACUGCCACCCUUUCUGCCACGGCAGUCUGAUGUGGAUGCAUAAUGGAGGUUUGGGAGGCUGGAAACACAUCAAGCGUCGCCUGGGAGAGCGGUUGGCCGACAAAUGGUACUUGGGAGUUGCAGGUGGCACUGAUAGCGAAUGGGCAUUUGCUCUAUACCUCGAUACCCUCGAACGAAUGGGCCAUGAUCCAAGCUCGCCGCCACCAGAAGGAUUUGGGCCAAAUGUCUUGCGUCACGCAAUGCUCAAGACAAUCAAGCAGAUCAACGACUUUAUUGCCGCGAUCCCACAGGAUAUCGUGGAGAAUGAAAAUGUAGAUACAAGGAGUUUGUUGAACUUUGCAGUUACGGAUGGACAUAGUGUAGUUUGCACUCGAUACGUUAGCAGCCGAACAGAUGAAGCUGCGAGUUUAUAUUACUCUUCUGGAACCACGUGGGAGGACAAGAGCAGCAAGGGUGAAUAUCAAAUGGACCGCCGAGACAAAGGCGCAGAUAUUGUCCUCGUUGCUAGCGAACCCCUAACUUUCGAACGAGGCAAGUCCCAUCCUGUCCCGUUCCCGCCCUUUAAAAUGUCACUAACACAAUAUAUUAUAGAAAGCUGGGUUACAGUCCCCACAAACUCAACCCUAACAAUCCACAAACAGACCGUCAUGGUGCACCCCAUCAUUGAUGAGUACUACAACUACAACCCCUACCACCGACGCUCCUCCAAAUUCGUACAAGACAAAGGCCUCGUCACCAACGAAAAGCAACCACCCAGCCGCACCUCCAACUCCAGCUCUCCCUCCGCAAUGCCAAACCUCGACCUCACCCUCCCUGCCAAGAAGCCAUUCUCGCCCAUUAGCAGAGACCUGCAUCAAAGUAUUGCAAGUAAUCUGAUUUCCUCCCAACCAUCUCGCGCAAAACCAGCGUCUGCUAAUGGCAUAAAUGGCAGCCUAGCAUCUGAUAUUCGAAAUCUGAGCUCGAUUCCACAGCAUCCACCGAGGGAUAGGGAUGGAAAAAUUCAGGAAUUGGGUAAUACGAAGAAGAAGCGCUCGCAGACUCAACAGGAGCAGCGAGAGCAGGCGACUCAGAUGGAGGUAGAGUCGCCCGUUAGGACUGCGUAUGGGGAUCCAUUGAAGAUCGCGCAGUAUUUCCCAGAGUUGAACUGA